AUGUCAGAAAAAAACAACCAUAUACAAAGUGUUGAAGAACCAAUACAACCACAACACCAAGAUGAAGCAUUCACUUCUUCGUCAGAUGCAUCACCAUCUGUAACAAAUGAAAAACAACAAAAUGUCAUACAUACCAAUUCUCUUGGUGAAGAUGCUGAAGUCAAGAAAUCAACUUCAAACGAACUCAACUUUAUUGAUGAUUCCCUUCAAGAGGAAGAUGAAGGUAGAGAACCAACAGAACAUGAAUUUAAAACAUUGAGACAUGUCGCUGAUAGAAUCCCAUAUGCAGCUUGGUUAGUUGCUGUUGUUGAAUUGGCAGAAAGAUUCUCCUACUAUGGGUUAUCAGCUCCUUUCCAAAACUAUAUGCAAAAUGGACCUAAUGAUCAUCCCAAGGGACAAUUGGAUUUAAAACAACAAGGUGCUACUGCAUUGUCUUAUUUUUUCCAAUUCUGGUGUUAUGUCACUCCUAUCUUUGGUGGUUGGAUUGCCGAUACCUAUUGGGGUAAAUACAAGACCCUUUUCGUUGCUUGUUUUGUUUACAUUGUUGGUAUUUUGAUCUUGUUUGUCACUUCAAUUCCAUCCAUCACUAGCAAAAACACUGCUCUUGGGGGUUACGUCACUGCUAUUAUCAUUAUUGGUGUUGGUACUGGGUUAAUCAAGUCCAAUGUGUCACCAUACUUGGCUGAUCAAGUUCCAAAAAGGAAACCAAGAAUUUCAGUGAGAAAGAAUGGGGAACGUGUUAUUGUUGAUCCAAAUAUCACUGUGCAAAAUAUAUUUUUAUGGUUUUAUUUAAUGAUUAAUAUUGGAAGUUUGUCAGUUAUUGCCACUACUGAAUUAGAAGCUCAUGUUGGAUUCUGGGCUGCUUAUUUAUUGCCAUUCUGUUUCUUUUUCCUUGCCUUGGCUUCAUUGGUUGCUGGUAAGAACAAAUCGGUUGAUAUUCCAGUUUCAGAUAAAAUCAUCAAUAAAACUUUUAAAUGUGCUUGGGUUGGUAUGACUAAUGGAUUUAACCUUGACAAUGCUAAACCUUCUGUUCAUCCAGAAAAGGAAUACCCAUGGACUGAUCAUUUCGUUGAGGAAGUUAGACGUGCUUUAUAUGCAUGUAAAGUGUUUGUGUUUUAUCCAGUUUAUUGGGUCACUUAUGGUCAAAUGUUGAACAAUUUUGUUUCGCAAGCAGGUCAAAUGAGAGCACAUGGAUUGCCAAACGAUUUCUUACAAGCUUUUGACUCCAUUUGUAUUAUUAUCUUUAUUCCAAUCAUGGAAAGAUUUGUUUAUCCAUUCCUCAGAAGAUUCACCCCAGUGAAACCUAUUACCAAAAUUUUCUUUGGUUUCAUGUUUGGAACUGGUGCUAUGAUCUAUGCCGCUGUCUUGCAACACUAUAUUUACAAAUCUGGUCCAUGUUAUGAUGAUCCAGGUGCAUGUCCAAACGGUAACAAUAUCCACAUUGCUUUACAAACUCCAGCCUACUGGUUAAUUGCCAUGUCGGAAAUUUUCGCAUCAGUCACUGGUUUAGAAUAUGCCUACACUAAAGCACCAGUAUCGAUGAAAUCAUUCAUUAUGGCUCUUUUCCUCGUUACCAAUGCUUUCGGUUCAGCUAUUGGUAUUGCAUUGUCACCAGUCAGUAAAGACCCCAAGAUGGUUUGGACUUAUACUGGUUUGGCUGUGGCUUGCUUUAUUGGUGGUUGUUUAUUCUGGGUCAUUUACAGUAGUUACAACUCCAAAGAAGAUUCAUGGAAUGAUUUGGAAUAUGAAAAUGAGUUGGAUGAAGCUGUUUUGAGACCAGUUCACUCAUUAGCUCAUUCAGUAAAGAGCAUCUAG